UAGAGGACGGAGCUGUGAUUGCAGAUUUGGACGAUGACUGACGGUAAAAUCAACCGAUGCGCCAUCCCGAAGGCAUAGGACAUCACAGGAAGGAGAUGUAUUUCGCUGCAGUAUGUCCUAAAAUGCGUUCUGCACCCCUGAAGGGGCCCGUGUCCUGGGAAGAAAAUAUACAGACAAAAGUUUGGACUGCCUUGCAGCUAAGGAGGAUGCAUCCUGGACUCGGCUGACAGGCAGGAUUGUGGAUGAACUAAAUGGCGCCUAAACAAUUCCCGCGAGAGUUUACAACAAACUGCAAAACACGUGAGUUUGUAAGCGCUCGUCAUAGCUGCCGUAAUUUCCGUCCUUUCAGGAAGAGUGAUCUAACCAAUGAGAGUCCGUGUUACGAAAUGAACAGGAUUCGAAUACACGUUUUGCCCACAAGUCGGGGACGAUUGACUCCAGUCCCCAAAACCCAUGAAGCAUUAUCCUGCUCUUUUACACACCGACCAUGCUCCCAGCCUCGCAUUGAGGGUCACGACUUCUGCAUCAAACAUAUCCUGGAAGAUAGAAAUGCUCCUUUCAAGCAGUGCAGCUAUAUAUCAACAAAGAAUGGCCGUCGAUGUUCCAAUGCAGCUCCGAAAUCUGAUAAGAAGGAUGGGGUUUCGUUUUGUGCAGAGCAUGCACGCCGGAAUGCAUUAGCCCUCCAAGCUCAAAUAAAGAAAUCAAACCCAGGACCGACCAGUGAGUCUCUGUUGUAUCAGCUGAGUACUUAUGCCAGAAAUGAGCUAGGAUCUCAGAUACAGGAAAGCAGCAGGAGUGAAGCCUGCAGGAUUCUUGAUGAAGAUAGCUUGAGUGAAAGUGACCAAGACACUGUAACAGUUGAGCAAACAUGGAGGGGAGAUCUUGACAGUGAGGCUGACAGCCUGGACAGUGACCAAGAGGACCCGUUAAAACAUGCUGGAGUAUACACAGCUGAAGAGGUAACGUUGAUCAUGAGAGAAAAGCUAAUUCGCCUGCAAUCCCUUUAUAUUGAUCAGUUUAAAAGAUUGCAGCACUUACUGAAGGAGAAAAAAAGGAACUACUUGCACACACUUAAAACAGAACAUGAAACUGUUGGGAGCAGUCUCUUAACUGGUCCUGAGGGACUUAACCUUAAGGAACGGGAAUAUCUGAAAAGGUUAAAAGCAUUGCGGCGAUACCGAAAACGUUAUGGGGUAGAGGCUCUUCUACAUCAUCAGUUAAAAGAAAGGCGCAUGUUAGCUUCCGAAGGUGCAUCUCAGCAGGCUCACACAACCCGCUCCAGUCAGAGAUGCAUGGCAUUCGUUGAUGACGUGCGCUGCUAUAACCCGUGUCUGCCCAUGACAAGGCACUGCAUUUCUCAUAUAUGUCAGGACAGCAGUCAAGUUCUGUUCAAGCUGUGUUCAGGCUCAGAAGAUGUACCCUGUAAUAAGCCCGUUCCUUUAAGCCUAUCUGAAGAACCCUGCUGUCUGUUACAUUACCGCUUACCGUCACCUAUGUACAAGUCAGAACCAGUACUGCCUGUGCCGGAGCAGAUGGAUGUGACUCCUCUAGAACUCUACCUUAGCACUGCAGAGCUGCAGCCUACUGAAAAUUUACCCUUGGAAUUCAGUGAUGACCUUGAUGUUGUAGGGGAUGGGAUGCAGUUCCCACCAUCUCCUCUGCUUUUUGACCCUUCUGUGGACAUUUCAAGGCUGCUAGAAGUACAGGAGUCUGAUGAGAAACACAGGACCGCGACAAGCCACUCACUUCUAACCGCAGAGUCUUUAGUGGGGUCUGCAGGACAGGGUCAGGUUCAGAACGCAGCAAACUCUUCUCUUCAUCUUACCAACAAUGCUACAGAAAGCUCUUUGUCUACACCCAAUGGAAAUGCAGAUGCCUCAUUGAUCAGCUAAAUUUUAGUUUUUAAGUUUUAAUCAAGGAUUUAUGAGCUUUAUUGUCUUACCAUCAUCGUCAAAGGAAAGACUACCAGGCUGCCUCAAUCAUCAUUUCUUUAUUCCCUCUGAAGUUUUGUUUAAUUUCAUUUUGCUCCAGAAACAUGUAAUACGUGUGUAUUUAACUAAAACGUGGAAACUGUACUAUUGUUUGGUCAUAAAAAGGAAAGGAAUCUG